UACAGACGGAAAGACCGAGCGAGCACUGGUCAGCCCCCUCGAGGGCUCGCGUCCGACAGUGAGACUUCAGUUCGGUGGCGGUUUAGCGGAUUUCUGUCGUAACUUAGACGUGGAUCGUCGAAUAUCGAAAGUUCCGUUUAGAAUUCGCCGAUGUUGUGCGUCUAUGUUGUUUUGAAAGUGAUGUUUACGUUGUGUUCAAUAUUUCAUAGAAAUUUGUGCUGAACUUCACUGCGUGGCAUGGCAAGCUAUUUCACUGAACGCUUCGUGCUUAGAAGAGUUUAAGAUUACGUCUGAAGUCUUUUAACGCAUUGCGUACUGUAAAACAGUAAUAACUGUUCGAACUUUCCUCGAUUUUAUAAACACGUUUAAAUUUAAUGAAAAUAAAAGUUGAAGAAAUGUUUUGUGUGCAGAAGAAUUCGCUGAAUUUAUAAAUUUGAAGCUGAAUUCUGAAACAGUUCAUACUUGAUACCACGUGCUGAAGAAUGCAGGGAGUGACAUAGAAUUAUCGUCAAUUCCGGAGUGUGUUUCGUGCCUUGUAAUUUUAGCGUCGAUGUGUUCCGAAGGUUUAUUUGAAGAAACAUUCCAUAGCUUAAGAAACAUUUAAAUUACGCGCACAGUGUCUCAUGUUGAAGGUCUUUUCAUUCUGUGUCUAGUUACAGCAUCUAAAACUUUUAAACGUUGCGUGAUUUACAGACAGAAACAAUUUUAGACUUAUUACAUUUGUGGAAGACGCUGUUUAAAGUUUUAAUUUAAAAAAUUUGAACUAGAUGUGAAGGGAAUACUGAGAGGGGAGGAGGGUUCUGAAACCGCGAGUUUUGGUUGCCAAGAAAAGACCGCUCGUAUUCAAGCACCUGCCAGGAAUUUAGAACGAUGACAAUUUUCAGUAUCAAAAUAAGCUAGAGAAACUUUUUACGUUUAAAUUUUUAUAGUACAAAUCAACGGUAUUAUAACACAUAUUUAUGUCUGAGGAAAGUUUUGUAAAUUCAUCGUAUGAUUUAUUUUUAAAUAUAACUUCAAUAAAAUGAAGAUAGGAGCUCCAGCGUAGAAUAACAUUGUGCUUAAAACAGACGACGGCUUGAAGAACUCAGGGAGUGCUGCCAAAUAACGAGGAGGCAUCCAUCGUUAACCGGAGUUGUGAAAUUCUGAUAAGUAGUGCAGGUUUAUGUAACCGCACGGAAGAAUACAUAUAUAAAACAAACAUGCACAAAUUCAACAUUUGGUUUUUAGAGUAAAUGUUUCGUGUGCUUGAAUCAGUCGUUACUAUUUUAAAUACUACAAGCUUCAGUCUCUUAAAAAAUUUGGUGACGUGUUGUUAGACGCCAGAAUGUCAAAAUACUUGUUGGGAUACGCUAGGCGACUAGUUAAUCCAGUGACCACCUCGAGGGGUGUAGCUAAACGCCAUAAUAUAACCAAAAUUUUAUUUAAAUCGCUCAGAAUUAUUAGCGAAGAUUAAACAAACUUUUGAGCUAAUUUCGUGAUAUCAUUUUGACACGUUCCUUUUCUUUGAGUGUAAAGAACCUAAUUUUUGUAAGAUAAAUAUUUAGUGUGAUAAGUGAAAAUAUCCUGUAGAUUAAAAAGUUUGGGCAUUUGUGUCCGAUACAGUCUGUUAAGGAUGGGUAUGGAAUUAUAAAAGAUAACUGCGGAAAACAGUGGAAACCAAGAUCUAAUCGUAAAUGUUAACGGGAACUCAAAACCAAGAUCUAAUCGUAAAAUAUAGUUGUUUAGUUGACAGAGCCGACAGACUAGACAGGCAAUUUUAAAUAUUUUUGAGAAGUACAUGUUUCUUAUUUGGUGAAUUUUUAAAUUACCGAGGUCUAUUGUGAUUGCCUGUUGAAGAAAAGCGGGCAAUGAAAAUAAUCAGUGAAACCGCUCCAUCGUAAACCCUGUGCAGGUCGUCAUAGAAGCGAUAAAGCUCGCAGAUUUAGUGUCUGAGUAAGAAUCCACAGUCGACGAACUGAGAAUGACCUCGUUGAGGCCCUAAAACAAAGUGACAGUAGAUUUAUCUGCGGCCCCAUGUAGGCCAGUCUAGAGGUGCAACUGUGAAGAAAAUAUUUUAUCUGAAUUAAAAUAUGAUUAGGAAUUUCGUGAAAUUAUUAUAAGAUUUUUGUAAAAAGUUACGGCAAACGGAAUUCAGAAAUUGAAAGACAAACUAAUAUUCACCAGACAGUCUAUAACAUUGAUGACAAAUUUCGAUUUCGUACUUUGCAAGUUACCCUCCCUAUUUUCCUUUAACCUAGCCCUUUUAUCUAACCCUAAGCCCUUCCCACUACAUACCCCGUGAUCCCUAACCUCAUUAAAAAUGGGUGAUCGUCGGAACAAGAAAAUUAGGGCAUACAGAAGUCCAAAGUCACGUGAUAAGGAAGACGCUUUGGAGAUUUUAGGUGAUAUUGAAUCGGGAAGAGAUAUGGGAAGGUCGAAACAAGUGGCAAAUCUUCCCGGGCCUUCAAGAGACUCGAACUCAAGGGAUCAGAAAAGAAAGCGGCCGAACCGAGAACGCUGGUUACUGACUCGAAAAACAUGGCGCUAUAUGGCGGAUGCAGGCCGACGUCUCAUUCCUGAAGGUGCUCAGAACCGACCUGAAGAUGUUCCUAAGAUAGAGGCAUAUUUCCAAGAGGUAUGUCACCGUGAACCAAAAUUUCUGCUAUGGAGGAAAAGUUCCUAUCCUGGGGCAUUGGGAUUCAGGUCUCACCAUAGGAAGAACCGAAGAAAGGUCGGUGGUAGCUGCAGAGAGAAAGCUAGUUCUGCUGACGAGGCGGAUACAUCGCAGACAUCGGCAUCCAGUAGAAGAUUCGACCUGCAGAGAUUGAAAAAUGAUUUCCUGUACGGGCCAUCGUCAUCUGGCUCUGAUGCCCACAGACAGAGACAAUAUUUUGGUUGCGAAAAUCCUCUCCUGGAAGUUCCAGAAACAACUGUAACAAGUCCGGACAACGAAGAUGAGGAAACAGAAAGAGAAUUGAUGGAGACGUUAUCCAAGUACCUAAACAUACGCGAAAAAUCUGUCGAUACUCUUUCAACAGGCGAUGAAGCCAUCGAUAUCGACUAUCAGAGACUGGUAGACCAGCUGAGGAAGUAUCUGUCGACCAGCAACAUACUUGAAGACCGUUCUGACUCACCGAAUACAAAGGAAGACAGAAUUAAGGAGCGUAUACGGGCCACGGCACAGAGGCCGAUCUCCCCAUCAUCUAGAGUCUCCUUCGAGGCUGACACACAAGAGAGGAUGACACUGGACACAUUCCGACGCUACUACAGCAAAUCCACUUGUCGCCAGAAGAUCAUCACCGACCUACUAACAGAUAGGAAGCUUCUUGAGAAUCUCUAUUUCGGUCUACGGCAGACCAGAAGUUUCAAGGGAAGAACCGGAGGCAUUGUGCGUGGUGGCUCUGGGUUUUUGCCCCUGUGGACGUCAGCCGAUCAGACAGCAUUUGCACUGAGACGCAGGAGGGAUAUCGACGAAGUAUAUAAGGGCGAUGGACACGAUUAUGGAGACAGUGCGGGCACAGUGAGUUGGAAGUGUUUGGGAAAGUCUCUGUCGAAGGAUCCGAGAGAUAUAUCACCGUUUUCACCCCCACCUCUGAUAGAGAUUGAAGACAAGUAUGAAUCAGUAGCAGUCAAUAGGGGAACACAGACGAAACCGAUUCCUGCAAGUGUCUUAGUGGCUAUAGAGGACGAGCUGAAGAAGGCGCGUGCAAUUGCAGCUCAAGAGGGGAAGGAGGACACAAAUGAGGGCGGCUCGGGGCGACGGAGAAGCAGUGUUGACAACGACGAUGUGUCGCCAAGCGUGAGUGACACCAUCAAGCGUUAUCUGCGGAUGGCACGCAAGAAGAGCUUGGACGCCGAUAAAGUGGACCGCUUCAAACGCGUAAAUUACGACCGCAACCUCAGGAACAUUAAGCCGAAAGGCGAGAUCACAAUGCCGGGUGACGACGACGGGCUAAACAAGGGAUGCCAACCUGACGAGAGCUGGAUAACUGCUUUGAAAGAGUUGAAGGGUGAGGAUAUCUCCUCGGACCCUGAAAUGUCUCCUGGAGGAGACGACCUGUCAGGCAGUAGGUUCACAAGUUCUAGGAGUAGUUUGGAGGGGGCUGGAAUUUCUGAUGACGCCAUUAUUUUGAAACUUCCAGUGCACAUGGUUGGGAAACCUAGUCCUCAUCAUUCCCAUUCCAGUAUACUCUCCACCGGCCAAAAUUUCCUGUCAAAUCUCUUGCACGGCUUACAACACCACCAGCAACAACAUCAAGGCAGUGAAGAGAUUUCCGGUAUGACUCAGUCUUCUGCUUCUACAGCUAUUCCAGUCGGAGGAGCCAUGCAGAAAUCAAAAUCUUCGUCCAGCGUGGUGCAUCAUGGGAGUCGAGUUGCCAAGAAGAUCUGGAGGGCGCGGUCCAAGAGCCAGAGCCGUGCGACGUCUUCCGCCACCUCCUCGUGGACGCCGCAGGGUCACUGCACGUGGACCAAUGUGACGGGGCGUCAGGUGACGCUAACGGACACCAGUCUGUUGACGCUGUGCGAAUUGGAGCGUCGAAUGUUGCAGAAGGUUGCUGUCGCCAAGCUUCAGGCCCUUAACCUGGGCGUCUCCGUUCGAAUCCCUAGCGAGGCCGUCGUGUCGGUGUCCCACAAACCGAAGCGGAGGCCAUACCUGCUGAAGAGGAAGGCGCUCACUACAGGCUUCUUCGACACCUCCCGCGGGAAAGAUGACAAGGACAAAGAUGGCGGAGGGGGAAUGGUGUUUGGGAUCCCUAUCAGCCAAUGCCUGGAGAAUGAUCGGUUAUCCCGAAUCCAACAUGGCGGUUCCCCUGGCAGGGACGAGCCUUCGGAACUUCGACGGAAAUCUCACCACGGCAGCCGUAGCAGUUUCAGCUCUCUCAUCGAGACAACCACGGCGCGGGGUGACGAAUUUUCUUUGCAGAGGGGAUCGUGUGAGAGCCUGAUGUCUCCGGGAGAUCGGAUGGCGGGGAGCGUACCAGGCCUGCUAGACUCCCUGUCCUGUGGAUCGACGGCGGACAUCACCUCCGGAGAACGGGAGCCCAACAUCCCUCAGAUCGUGCAAUCUUGUUUCCGUCACCUCGAGAACUUCGGUCUCCGAACCCUGGGCAUUUUCAGAGUCAGCAGUUCCAAGAAACGGAUCAGACAGCUUCGUGAGGACUUUGAUUGUGGGAAGGAAAUUUGUCUUGGAGAGGACAAUUGUCCGCAUGAUGUGGCAACAUUGCUCAAAGAAUUCUUCAGGGACCUACCAGAUCCUCUACUCUGCAGGGACCUCUAUCAAGCGUUUGUUCAAACACAAAAGAUACGGAACAGACGCCUGCAAUUUGAAGCUCUUCAGCAUCUCAUUCAACUGCUUCCAGUUCCAAAUAGAGACACCCUCUGGGCUCUGCUAAACUUCCUUGUCACUGUCGCUCGAAAUGCUGGAGAUUACAAAGAUGAAACAGGAGAGUUGUCCGGGAACAAGAUGGAUUCCAACAAUUUAGCUACAGUAUUUGCGCCAAAUAUACUUCAUUGUAUAAAACCAGGAAACAACAAAGAAUUGAGCACGGAGCGAGCGGAGGAAAGGAUUGAUGUCAUCAAUGUCGUCAGGAUCAUGAUUGACCACAAUAAAGAACUCUUCCAGAUUCCAGCAGAACUACUGGACGAAGUUUACAUUCAUAUGAUGGACAGCCAUCCUGACGCACUAGAUUACUUACUGAGGAGAAGAGGAUAUCUUGGGGAUGAGUUGGUCGAUGAACUUGAGGGUACUGUCGCAGAAGGCGUGUGUGGUGAGACGCCAUCCGUUCCAAGAACUCUAACGCAGACUGGCAGCGAACAUCAGCUGGCAACCACAUUCAGUGAGACUGAAGACCAGCUAAGAACUGUACGUCGGGUGUGGUCACGCGAGGAGUUUCUGCAUGAGACAGCUGGGAUGGGUGGUCCUGAUGUGUCCAUGAGACCAAGACACAAGGACCGUGAUCGUGGAAGAGAGCGGUCUUCUAAAAAACGUUGGAAGGAAGAACCGAGUUCUAGGAAGAAAGUAGAACCAGACGGAGAGAUAGAUUUACCUAAAACCGGAUUCGGCAUCGCGUCAUCUACUUCAGCAUCCCAGAUUUCAUUGUCGAGUUAUCAGAAAAGCUCGUUUCUGCCUGAACAGCAUCUUGAAACCGCGGCUAAAAUGAGAUCAGCUUCUAUUAAUGAUGGCGACGCUGUGACAACGGGCGAUCUCUUGGAACGGGGGUUUUACGACGAGGUUAAUGACGACGGCUGCAGAAGACAGUCGUCCCCGCAGCUCUCGGACAGCGGGAGUGGAGGAGGCGUCAUAACAGCCAGCCUUAAGAUCCCGGUACCCAGCGGAACAAGUGGCACGUCAUUUGCGUUGAACUUAGAUGACGCGGAUAUUCCUUACAUCGAAGAUGGAGGCGGAGGAUUCAGUAUCACCUCGAAUGGCGGACGUCAGCAUAUGACAAUAGGACUUGUGCAUUGCGCAGGCGCGGGAGAAGGGACCUACAGCGCCACUCGUAGCAGACGUCAUCGAUCAGCCAGUGGUAGUGACUCGUCCCAAGCCUCAACCAGUGUUCAUCCACCCGGCAGUGCGUUAACAUCGUACCAUCAACAGCAAGGCUGUGACUCGGCACUAGGUUCAUCCGCCACGUUCAGCAGUCCACCCCACAACACAACACCAUCCAUAUGCAGUAGCGAUGCGGGGCAUUUCAGUUCCCCUCCCUCCUGGGCAUCCAGUCCACCUGCUUCGCCUGAUUCAAUAGGUACAACAGUGAACUUCAUACCCGAGGAACUAACCAUCGGAACUCAACAGCAUCACUCACAGACUGCAAGAUUCUCUAUCGCAACUUCAUCAAAAGGCAUUUCACCGCAGAUGCCAUCUUUAAAUCAGGUCAUUCCCCAGAAGACAUACAAAGAAGUGACGCCUGCGAUCCUGCAAACUGUGACGUUCACGUCUACAAGUGAAUUACAACAGGUACAGAGAAGUGACACGGGAAACGAGAGACAGUCCGAUAUUCAAGGUUCAAAGUUAGCUAUUCAUAAAGUGCAUAUUAAAAAGGGGGAAUUACCAAAGAGUGCCAGCACUUCUGCAGUUGUCAGUAGCUUUAAAAAGUCCGUGGAUUUCGAAUCGGGACCGGAACAAAGCGAUAGGAAGCUUACGACAAGCAUUUCCAGCAUCGGCGGUGCUGUUAUGAGGUCGAAGACGGCAGACAUUGAGAGGAUGCUUAGAAUAAAGGGAACUGAGGCUUAUAAAGUUAAGACAACAACACAACAAACACCUGUUCAGGACGAUAAGAAGAAAUAUUCUAAACGUCGUUACGUAGAUUCUAAGCACCAGACGAGGCACAUACCAGAUUCAGAGGCGUUGCUCGAAGACUCUUCCACAGGAGGGGCAGGUGUUAGCGAUGAAGACGCAGCUGUGAUUCGACAAAGGAAAAGCCUUCAGCAAGGGCCAGUGUGGAAGAGACGUGAACUCAUUGCUAGCGAUCCAAAGGGCCGUGAAAGUGCAUUGUAAUUUCAUUAUAUAUAAAUGUAAAAAGUUGAUAUCUUGUGAAAUCGAGGAACAAAAGUAACUGUGUCUAUUGAAUCUCUCGGUGUCUUUUGGGUGUGUAUAAAACGAUACGUAAAAAACACACUUCCUCUACAUACCUUGACCUUAAAGGCACUUAUGUUACCUGUAUGAAACAAUGAAAUGGUCUCUGUAUUAUGAAAUAAUGCAUCUAGUCUUACCUAGUCUCAUACAGAAUAAAAGAAACGGAGAUAAAUAUUAA